CGUUUUUUUUUUUCAUUUUAUCUCUUCGCCGCCAUACGCGCCCGCCCAGUGCGUCCGAGUGCGAUACGCGUCGUCCGGUCUCUCCGGUCUCGGAACUGAACGCGAUCGGUGUUCGCGCGCGCGCGCUCGUGGCGUAAACGUUAUCACUUCUUGUGCGUCGAUGGUCGUAGUAUUAUAAUAAUAAUAUAAUAUAAUAUAAUAUAUCGCAUUGUUACGACCGUUGUUAUUGUCGCACAUGUCGCGAUCGCACAACAAACGCACGUCAAACGUACAUAAAGUGUAGGUAACAACUGUAAUACUACGACAUAAUAUUCGCUUCGAAACCGAGUCCGCGACGUCGUAAUAAAUUAUUAUUCUCGCGCAUUAUCCGGCACAUUACACUGUUAUUCGACAAUCAUAUUAUUAUUAUUUUAAUAUAAUAUAGUGCUGUGCCCCGCAUGGACCGGCGGAUCCGCUGAACGAAGUCACCGCCACCGCCGCCGCCGCCACCGUCGACCACCUGUGGCGCGCGCGCGAUCUUCUCCAGGUCGCGUCGGGUCCAGCUCGUCCGCGGGAUCGGUGUGUGCAGCUGCUGUUGUUGCAGGGCCGCCGCGCAGUGCCGCCGCCGCUGCCGCCGCUCGUCGCUCGUCAUCCGUCGUCUCAGUAUUCGUAUUAUUAUAAUAUCAUACCACCGUAUAAUAAUAUAUUAACAACAGUAUAACAUCAUACACGCAUGUUGUAACUGGCGACCGUCGUCGUUCACGAUGAGAGCUACCGUUUCACUAUGGUUCCUGGUGUUUGCCGGGUUCGCGUGCAACUACAUGAUACGCAUCAAUCUCAAUAUCGCCAUAGUCGACAUGACCACGGCGAAGAGCCGAGGUCGGAGUGUACUGUUGUGCGGCAAUCUGACGGACAGCGUAAAUUUGACCGUUGGAAAUGAUGUCGUCGUCAAAAAAACCGACUUCGAGUGGAACGACCGCGAACGGGCCAGCGUACUUGGAUCGUUCUAUUGGUUGCACUGGGCGUUGCAGUUACCGGGAGGGUUGCUCGCCCGACAAUUCGGCGCCAAGCGCAUAUUUGGCCUCAGCAAUUUGUUCAUGUUCGCCAUGUCCCUGUUGAUGCCGGUACUCGCACGGUGGGACAUCAAAGGACUCAUCGUAGCCCGAAUGUUACAAGGGUUCGUCGGGGGUAUGGCGUGGCCGUCGGUGCACCAUCUAACCGCACAUUGGGUACCACCAAACAAGAGGAGCAAAUUCAUUACAGCAUAUUUUGGCAGUUCGAUCGGCGUGGCUAUUACGUUCCCGUUUUGCGGAUUCAUACUUGAGAAAUGGGGCUGGCCGUACGUGUUCUAUAUCACGGGGGUGAUCGGAAUGGUGUGGUUUUUGGCGUGGUGGUUAUUAGUGUACGAUACGCCUGCGCAACACCCUUACAUAUCUGAAGUUGAGCUUGUGCACAUCACUAGUAGCCUCACCAACGUGGUGUCCACUACAAAGUUACCGAUACCGUGGAAAGCCGUGUUGACGUGCGUGCCGUUUUGGAUAGCAUUGUCCAUUCAAUGGAGUACCGGAUGGGCUCUGCACACGCUCAUGACGCAGACUCCUACCUAUCUGGUACUAAUGUUCGGGUGGAAUCCGGAAAAGAUCGGCCUCUUGUCCGGAAUACCGCAUUUCACCCGUUUUGUGUUCUCGCUGGCCCUGUCGUACGCCAUCGACUCUCUCAUGGCCACCGGAAAAUACAGCCGCACUUGUGUGCGUAAGAUAUCGACCACCAUUUGUACGGUGGUGCAAGCCGUUCUCAUCGUGGCCCUAGUGUAUUCUGGUUGCGACCCGAUUUUGGUCAACGGAUUCCUUCUGCUGGCCAUGACGGCCAGUGGUGCUUCCACGUCCGGACCGCUGUCCAUUAUGGUCGACUUGUCGCCAAAUUUCGCCAGCGUGCUCCAAGGAUUCAGCGGUAUUAUCGGAGUCAUCCCGGGAAUGAUUUCGCCAUUUGUACUGUCUUAUUUCACGAACAACAACAACACGCUCGAAUCGUGGCAACACUUUUUUGCCUUGAGCGGCGUGCUAAUAGCCAUUCCAGGACUGCUGUACAAUUUCAUCGGCUCUAGCGAACUCCAACCGUGGAAUAAUCCUGUUCCUUCGGUUGAUCCAGAAUCGGUUGCCACCAACGGCCGCUCUACUGCCAAAAAAUGAUUAUUUUUUUUAAAGCGUACUUAUAUUUUAAUAUGUGAUCACUGAUCAACAACCGAAUGACCAAUUUUGUAUUUUACUUUUUUUUUUACAAUAUUAUUAUAUUUUAUGUAACACCCAACAAACCAGCGUUUGUAUAGAAUGCUAAAUAUUAUUAUGGAUUUGAAAUCGGGGUACAUUACUAUACAGAGUAAAUAGACGUAUGGUACAAAAACAAUAUUGCAGGUUUUUAUGCAUUUGUACCUGCAGGCUGCAAUAUGUUUAGCACGACUAAAUAAUAUCUACAGCAUGUUCAUAAAUUAUAUUAUUAUCUAUGACUGUGGUGCUUACUGUUUAGUUACCACAAUCGCAUUCACAUAUUUUAUUGAUGAUUAUAAAUUAUAAUGAACCGAAGAAAAUAAAAUAGGUAGGUAUACUAGGUGCAAUAUCUUCUGUAAUAUUAAUCUGUUUAAGGACAUUAUCUGGAGCACCAGGUACCGGGUACAUUGAUAAUUUAAUUUUAGUAUUAGAUAAUCAGUCAUCAGAGCUCAAAUUACGGUGCCUGACUUUAUUUUAAUACAAAAUAUGGUACCCUUGUUAUACCUAUUCCUAUAGUCUUUCAAUAAUAUUGUAAUAUACAAUACAAGCGAUAGUCAUUAUUAUUUCUUUAUUAUGUAUUAAGAAACGCCAAUUUUUGUUUAUAUUUUGUCCAUGACUUUUUGGCUGUAGCUACUUAUUCAACAUCUGUAUAAAUCAUAUGACUAGGAAAUAUAUUUAAAUAUACCUAUACAUAUGUAUAUAAAUGUAGACCAAACUUUGGUCACCUACCAAAAAAGUACCUACC